AUGUCCACAAUCAAAGACAUUCAUGGCCAUAAGCAGGAGCAGAAUAUUGAGCAGAAUAUUGGCCAUGAGCAAUCACCCUCUCCCUCAAUUUCCACCCCUUUUAGUCUCAAUCAUUCCCCUGACCUCGACGAUCAAACGCUCUCUGAAGAACCUAAAACCCUUCCAUCCCGCAAACCACGUCGUUUCUUUAGAAGGAUACACGGUUGGUCAUGGCAGGCGUGGCCAAUAGCAAUGGGCACAGGCGCUGUAUUUGUUCUCAUGUCUAACCUUUACAAUCCACCGGAGUGGGUCGUGUAUCCAGAGCUCUUCUUCUUCUUCUUUGUUUGCGCGCUUUUUCUCCUUAAUGUCACUCUCCUUGUCUCACAAGCUAUACUAUUCCCCUCACAGUCUUUGAGACUCGUUAGGGACCCUGUAAAAGGUGUUUUUGUCCCGCUAAUCGUGCUAUCCUUUGCCACAAUAGUGAUUGGAAUCUCACAGUACGGCGUUAAAGACUUCGGUGUCGUCACUCCCGAAGCCCUCGUCGUCCUCUUCUGGAUCUACCUUGCCAUGGCGAAUUUAGUCUGCAUCCCCAUGCUCCUCGUCUGGUUCAACUGCGAGCACUCCGGAACAAUUACCAGCUUCACUCCCGCUUAUAUGUUCCUCGUCUUUCCUUUGAUGUUGACGGGCGUCGUCGGUUUCAAUUGUCUCAGCGAUAUUGACAAAGGAAGCAACGAUGCGCUGAUAAUAUUGCUUGUUUCGUACGUCUUCCAAGGUCUAGGUACACUUAUCACCUUCAUGUACCUCGCAAUUUUCUGCCUGCGGAUAAUCACGACAGGUUUCAUGGAGGGACAUCAAGCGAACGGGGCGUUUGUAGCAGCGGGUCCGCCGGGUUUUACGGCCCUUGCCCUGCUCAAACUGGGAGAGGAAGCGCGAGAGAUAUUCCCCCAAGUAACCACAUUCACCCCGCUUGCCGGGGAAAUAUUCUACAACGUCGGCAUCCUCGCUGCCACAAUGCUGCUGGGUUGUGCGUGGUUCUUCUUUCUGAUGGCAGCUAUUCCGUGGCCUUUCAAAGUGCACUACCAUUCCACGGAGGUGCUCGGCAUGUGGGCCCUCACUUUCCCGCUCGUCGGCAUGAUAUCUACGUUUAAGGUGCUCGGGGAUAUUUUUGAGUGUCGCUUCUUGCACGUCGUGCACGCUAUCUUCACCGUCGCUAUUCUUCUCGUGUGGUGCGCGCUGAUGGCUGCCACUAUCACUGCUUUCUGUCGCGGUAAAAUCUUCAAAUCUCCCACUGAGGACGUCCUUUCGGAUACUAAGACCACUUUCGCUCCCAUUACCACUAAAAAGAGAGAACACAAGAAGAGCAGACAUGCGGCCAAGCGAUUCGAUGUUGCUCCGCAUAUCGUCUGA